AUGACUUUUAAAAAUAAACACGCGAGCGCGGCGCAGUGCGCACGUGCAGCAGCUUUCCGAGCGGCCGGGUUGAGAGCAGGACGGGGGCCAGCUGGGCUGGUAGCUGAGCAGGUGAGGCUGGACGGGGACGUGCUGACAACCCUUAAGAUCCUCAUCAUUGGCGAGAGUGGGGUGGGCAAGUCCAGCCUGCUCUUGAGGUUCACAGAUGAUACUUUUGAUCCUGAACUUGCAGCAACAAUAGGUGUUGACUUUAAGGUGAAAACAAUUUCAGUGGAUGGAAAUAAGGCUAAACUUGCAAUAUGGGAUACUGCUGGUCAAGAGCAGUUCAGAACAUUAACUCCCAGCUAUUAUAGAGGUGCACAAGGUGUUAUAUUAGUUUAUGAUGUCACAAGAAGGGACACCUUUCUUAAACUGGAUAAUUGGUUAAAUGAAUUGGAAACAUACUGCACAAGAAAUGACAUAGUAAACAUGCUAGUUGGAAAUAAAAUUGAUAAGGAAAACUGUGAAGUUGAUAGAAACGAAGGACUGAAAUUUGCACGAACGCAUUCCAUGUUAUUCAUAGAGGCAAGUGCAAAAACCUGUGAUGGUGUCCAGUGUGCCUUUGAGGAACUUGUUGAAAAGAUCAUUCAGACCCCUGGACUUUGGGAAAGUGAGAACCAGAAUAAAGGAGUAAAAUUGUCACACAGGGAAGAAGGCCAAGGGGGAGGCGCCUGUGGUGGCUAUUGUUCUGUGUUAUAAACUCUGGGAAUUCCGUCUCUUGCAUAUUUGAUCAGAUAGUGACAUCUUUCUGUAUAUAAACUCCUAACUGCUAUUUUAGGGACCUUGCAGUUUGCACAUACUUGUUUUGCAUCAUGGCA